GUGUGUGUGUGUGUGUAAACAGCUCUCUCACCUUCGGCAUGCUGUUACAGUUCUUUGAAACAAACAAGCUGUGCUUAUGCCUACAAGGAAAGCUGCACCUGAGCAACAGGGCCAAUUCCUUAUUGACGUUUGACCAAAAGAGCCUCCUCACCACUUUCCUCUACUCCGCUGACCCUGCCCACUCUCCAGUCGGCAUCUCUGUACUGGCUCUGCAGUGACAACAGUGCCCCCUGGUGCAGUGGAGGCCCAGGCCCUUGUCCUGCCCAGACCUAGGCUGUCGACCCUGGGGAAAAGAUGGAACAGGACCGGCGUCCCUUGGACGUCACAGCAACAUCACCACCAGGCUACAAAGAUUCUGAUACUACUUCAGAGAAUGCUCUCGACCAAUCAGAGCAGGUAGAGCAGGUGACAGACAUUUUAGAUGGCAGAGGAGGCCCCGCCCCAAAGGAGCAAAUAAUGGAAAGCGAGUGUGUGAUCUCAUCAUCGGAAGACAUGCCUUCUUUUUUGGACACGCCCACUGCGUCGUCCCUGGUUACGGGAUCUAUAGAUUCCCUCCAAUCAGAAGGCUUGGAGGUAGUGGGAAGACACUCAUCUUCACAGGUCACUCCGCCUCUUCGAUCCGCUCAAACAGGAGGCGAUGGGGAUAGGCCCACCUCAGACACACACAUACAGAUCCUUGCAGGUGCAUCUCCCAAACACACUCACACACAUGCAUGGGUGCAGGAACAGCAGCAGCUGUCACACACCCUCUCACACUCUUCUGUUUCACCUGAGGUUGGCAUAGCAACUGACCAAGAGGCAGAGAAUGAGGAGGAGGAGUUUGAUUUGCUUGCCAAGGACUUUGACCAAUCGCUGGACCAGCUCAACCAGCUCAUAAUGGACCUGGACCCAGAGUUCGAGCCUAACCCCACCCCUACACGGCGUCACAUGACCCGCUCAGCUUCCCUCUACACCAAUGGGGUUAGCCGAAGCUCCAACUCAUCAGGUUUAUUGUAUAGGCAGGCUAGUGAUGUCACUGAUUACCCAGGAUUCCACAGUCCAGUGGAUGAUUACCUUCAUGUGCUCCAUCACUCCCCACUCUACUCACCAACUUUUCCACAGCGAGGGGCACUAUACCAUGGUGACAGUCUUGAUUAUGGAAAUCAUUCUCCUUUGAUGGACAGUCCACCGUGGGGGGGGCCUGAGCAAGUCCCACCCACCCCUGCAUUUCCAGUGUCUCCGCCCACUCCCUACGACUCUCGAGGGUUCUUGGACAUGCACACCAGUGUGACACACACACACCCUCACACACACUCGCCCUCAGCCCACGACAACGACGCCGGCUCUCUAAGCCCCGUCUCCCACCAGCGGAUGAUUGGCUCGCUGCGUUCCGUCACCACCCCCAGCCCCCUCGCUCACAAUCACAGUAUGUCUCCUGUGCGGGGUUGGGAUGAGACGUCUGACGGAUCCCUGUUCCUGAGCCCCUCGGGCACACACACACACGCACACGCACACACACACACCCCUACGUACACACCACACUCUCCCAGCGUGCCCCGGUUCCCCGCCCAGAGCGGGGGGAGCGUGGAGCCCAGCCUGCUGGCUGCGGUGGAGAGGUUUGGGGCGCUGGCUCUUGGGGAGGCUCCACCCGUCCUGCCCCAGAAGAGGAGGGGGGUGGACGGGGCAGAGAUCGGCCCAGGCUUCCUACUCAAUGGCAGUAGCUGUGGCAGCAGCCCUGAACUACUUGGCAAUAGGCAGGACUCUGCAAAGUUUGUCCAAGACACCACAAAGUACUGGUACAAACCUGACAUCACAAGGGAGCAGGCCAUAGCUGCUCUGAAGGACCGUGAGCCGGGCUCGUUCAUUGUCCGAGACAGUCAUUCAUUCAGAGGAGCGUACGGAUUGGCUAUGAAGGUAUCCACGCCCCCUCCCUCUGUCCUUCAGCAGAGUAGGAAAGCUGGGGAUCUGUCAACCGAGCUGGUCAGACACUUCCUGAUUGAGUGCACACAGAAAGGAGUCAGAUUGAAAGGCUGUCCGAAUGAGCCCUACUUUGGAAGUCUCGCUGCCUUGGUGUGCCAACAUUCCAUAACUCCAUUAGCUCUCCCCUGCAAGCUCAUCAUCCCUGACAGCGAUCUUUUAGAGGGCUUGUGUGAAUCUCUGUCGGAGACGGCCACAAACUCAGCGGCAGAACUGCUCAAACAGGGAGCAGCAUGCAAUGUGUGGUUCCUCGGCUCCGUUGAGCUUGAGUCGCUGACCGGUGUCCAGGGUGUGCAGAAAGCUGCAACUGUCACCCUGGCCUUGAACCCGCCUCCAACCUCCACCAUUGUCCACUUCAAAGUGUCUGCCCAAGGAAUCACACUCACCGACAACCAGAGGAAGUUGUUCUUCAGGAGGCAUUACCCUGUAAACACGGUAAUAUUCUGUGCUCUGGAUCCUCAAGAGAGAAGAUGGACGAAAGAUGGCUGCACAGAUGCCAAGAUCUUUGGCUUCGUGGCGCGGAAGAGCAGCACCAGCGUGGAGAACGUGUGCCACCUGUUCGCCGAGCACGACCCCGAGCAGCCCGCUAGCGCCAUCGUCAACUUCGUCUCCAAGGUGAUGAUCGGCUCACAGAAGUCCAAGUAGCCGAGUGGCACUCACGCGUGCGCGCGCUCACAAACACACGCACGCACUCACACACACACACACACACACACACAUGCCACCACAUCCACAACACGCACACACACGUUUGUAACAUGGUGUUAAGGAACAGAGAAGUACUUGUACAGUAUGCUAUGCAUAUAUAUGUCUAUAUUAAAUAAUGGCAAAUGCUGUGACAGUGUAAUAAUAGUGAUAACAGAACAAAAUGGUUAUGGUUAUGGCAUUUUGCUGAUUUAGCUUUUGUGGUACAAAUAGCCACAGAACAUGGCAUUGCAUUGUAUAAUGCAUUUAUGCAAGCAGUCUACCAGUUUUUUCAUAUACAUAUUUACACACACACACACACACACACACACACACACACGCACACGCACAGCUUUUGCGCUCUGUCUAAGCGAGGUGAUAAAGGUUACCAUUCUCAUCCUGUCUGUCUAAUCACAUACAGUAAGCGUGUAGUCAUGUACCGGUAUUAAAACAGCACUCAUGCCUCCGUGGGACUAACUGUCUAUCAGAUAUCCAGAGUGCAGUUACUGUAACUCUGCAUUUGGGCUGCCCAUUACAAGCCACAUAUCAUAACCAUUCUAGCCCGGAUAAGAACCAGAUCUGACCCAGGCCUGGCCUGGACCAGAUCUGGACCAGAGAUUGCUGCUGUGUGAGUAACAAGACUCUUGGUUUAUGUCUAAUAAUGUAUAUCAUUCUAGGGUCUGAUCAUUUUAUUCAUCAAAAAAAGGUCUGACAUUCUUAGAAUGGUCAUGUGACUAAUGACUGUCCCAUAGAUUUAACAAAGAUGUAAAUAAUGUAUCAUUUACUUAACUUUCUUUUUUUAUAUGAUAUAUAGAAUAAACUCACAAUCUAUGGACAUUA